CGCAAUACUGUGUGUGAAAGGCUCAUGUUUUAACUCUCGCGAUAGUUCAUCCUCUCGCUGCUCUCUCGUGGGCUCUGCUGCCAGCGAGGAGGAUUAAGAUGGAUAUCAAUAGUGCCAGUAGCGUUGUGCUACAGGUCUUGACUCAGGCAAGCAGCCAAGACUCAACAGUUCUGAAGCCAGCCGAGGAGCAGCUCAGACAAUGGGAGACCCAACCUGGCUUCUAUUCAGUGCUCCUGAACAUAUUCACAAAUCACUCAUUGGAUUUGAAUGUAAGAUGGCUGGCAGUCCUGUAUUUUAAGAAUGGAAUAGAGCGUUACUGGAGAAGGGUCGCUCCACAUGCUAUUUCAGAAGAAGAGAAGUCUACGUUACGCAUAGGACUUAUUAACAACUUUAAUGAACCCGUUAACCAGAUUGCCACCCAGAUUGCCGUGUUGAUUUCCAAAGUGGCAAGACUUGAUUGUCCAAAGCAGUGGCCAGAACUUAUUCCCACACUUAUUGAAUCCGUAAAAGUUCCAGAUGACCUUCAGCAGCACAGAGCAUUGCUUACCUUUUAUCAUGUUACCAAGACACUGUCUUCAAAAAGACUGGCUACAGACCGGAAGCUUUUUCAAGAUUUAGCCUCAGAAAUCUACAGUUUUGCCUGCUGCCUGUGGAACCAUCACACAGAUACUUUUCUGGAACACGUCUGCAGUGGUAACGAAUCCGCAUCUGCCAAUUCCCUGGAAAGAGCAUUACUGUCCCUAAAAGUUCUUCGAAAGCUGACCGUUCAUGGUUUUUUGGAACCUUUACAAAAUGCAGAUGUUAUGGGAUUUCUUCAAGCCAUAUUUGUCAGAUUAAGACAGUUUCUUGAAUGCCGUCGAAAUAUUGGAGCAGAAAAUAUAUGCAAGGAUAGACUGGAAAAAAUAAUUAUAUUAUUCACUAAAGUGCUUUUAGAUUUUCUGGACCAGCACCCAUUUUCAUUCAUUCCCGUAAUGCAGACAGCGCUGGAGUUUGCAGUGAGCUUUGUUUUCACAGAAGCCGGUGAUGGGGUUGUAUUUGAACGGUUCAUUGUUCAGUGCAUGAGACUUGUUAAGAUGAUUGUAAAGAAUGAUUCGUACAAGCCAUCCAAAAACAUUGAAGACAGCAAACCAGAAACCCUGAAUGCCCAUCAAAUAAAAAUAGGGUUUUUCACAUAUCCAACUCUAACAGAGAUAUGUCGAAGACUGGUGACUCAUUAUUUCCGUUUAAGUGAGGAAGAACUUGCAAUGUGGGAAGAGGAUCCUGAAAGCUAUGCUGUGGAAGAAAGUGGAGGUGAUUCGUGGAAAUACAGUUUGCGGCCAUGCUCUGAAGUCCUGUUCAUUGACAUUUUCCAUGAGUACAGCCAGACACUAACACCGGUGCUGUUAGACAUGGUUGACACGUUGCAAGGUCCAACUCAUGUAGAUGACAUGAAUGCUUUGCGUAUUAAAGAAACUGUCUACAAUGCUGUAGGACUGGCCGCCUAUGACUUGUUUGAUAGUGUGGACUUUGAUGCGUGGUUCAAAAGACAGCUAAUUGGAGAGCUUCAAAUCAGCCACGAAAGGUAUAAGCUGCUACGUCGCAGAGUGAUUUGGUUGAUUGGGCAGUGGGUUUCUGUGAAAUUCAAGUCUGAAUUGAGACCCUCGUUAUAUGAAGCAAUUCUUACUUUGCUUCAAGACCAGGACCUGGUGGUCCGAAUUGAAACUGCAACAACCUUGAAGUUGGAUAUCCUUUCAAUGGUUGAUGAUUUUGAAUUCAGGACAGAACAGUUUUUGCCGUAUUUGGAAUCCAUUUUCAGCCUGAUUUUCCAAUUGCUUCAGCAAGUUACCGAGUGUGAUACGAAGAUGCAGAUCCUACAUGUUUUAUCAUGUGUUAUUGAGAGAGUCAGCAUGCAGAUACGGCCCUUUGUGGGAUGUCUUGUUCAGUAUUUGCCUGUCCUUUGGAAGCAGAGUGAAGAACAUAAUAUGCUGAGGUGUGCAAUUCUGACAACAUUAAUUCAUCUUGUUAAGGGUUUAGGGGAAGAAAGCAAAACGUUGUAUCCUUUUCUCCUUCCUAUAAUUCAGCUGAGCACAGAUGUUUUACAGCCACCACAUGUAUACCUUCUGGAAGAUGGCUUGGAAUUAUGGUUAGUGACCUUGGAAAAUUGUCCAACGAUAACAUUCGAACUCCUCCGAAUAUUUCAGAACAUGUCUCCUUUGCUUGAACUUGGUACUGAAAAUCUUCGCAUCUGCUUCAAGAUCAUAAAUGCUCAUAUUUUCUUUGCAUCAUCUGAAUUUUUGCAGAUGUAUGCUGGUAACCUCUCCCAGUCUUUCCUCGAGCUUCUUAGAGAUAUAACCACGGAAGGCCAAGUUCAAGUUCUUAAGGUGGUUGAGAAUCUGCUAAUGGUGCACCCAGAUGUUUGUCCACAGCUGUUUCAGCCCCUUCUUCCACCAGUCUUCAGGGGCAUUAUUGAAGGGGAGAGAUAUCCAGUGGUUAUGUCCACAUACCUUGGCAUUCUGGGACGUAUAAUGUUACAAAACCAAAGCUGUUUCUCUUCACUUUUGUGUCAGAUGUCACAGGAGUGCCACGAAGAGGCGGACCAAAUUCUUGGAAACACAAUUGAAAUGUGGGUGGACCGAAUGGAUAACAUUACUCAGCCAGAAAGAAGAAAACUUUCAGCUUUGGCUCUGCUCUCUUUGCUGCCCUCUGUUAAUAGCGUUAUCCAGGAUAAAUUCUGUGGGAUCAUAAAUAUUUGUGUGGAAAGUCUUCAUGAUGUCAUGACAGAAGAUCCUGAAACAAGCACCUACAAGGACUGCAUGUUAAUCUCAAGUGUUGAUGAACCCCAGGUGUCUGAGGGAGAAGAACCUCCGACUGAGCAAGAUAAGAGAAAAAGGAAGCUCGCUUUAAGAGAUCCAGUGCAUACAGUGUCGCUACAAACUUUUGUAUAUGAAAAACUGAAAGUACAGCAGGAGUUAUUGGGAGAAGACGGAUUCCGCUGUCUAAUGGAGACUGUAGACAAUGAACUAGUAAAACAGCUGCAAGAGUUUUUACAACGCAUUUAAAUAAAAGAAGUUUCACAAA